AUGAACAACCCAGGCCCCUCUGCCCUCCCACCAACCACCAUCCACAGCACGCAGAGCAUCAGCCAAUCUGCCGCACACGACUUCCUCGCUGCAUACCUCACCCGCGCAGCCACAGACCCAGCCCUGCAGCCCAAUGCCAACAUCAGCGAGCACGGCCCCGUCUCGCGCACGACCGCCGCCGCGCCAAACCUGAUUCUCCACAACCUCAAGCGCGUGCAGGCCGGUCUGGCAGGCGAAGUCCUCGGUCAGGAUCUGACAUUUGCCAAGCAGAACCCUGGCGAGGAGUAUCUGGAUGCAGGACUUUCGGGUGGAAAGGGUGAAGAGGCGGAGGCUGGAGAUGAUUUGGAGAUGACGGAGCCUGCUUUUGAAAUGGAGGCAGAGGCUUAUCAGGAGCAGGAGGGUGAACAGGCUACUAUUGAUAAGGAGGAGAGGAAGAGAUUGAAGAAGGAGAGACGGAAUGCAGAGAAGAAGGCAAAGGCGCAGAAAGAGUCGGAGUAA